AGCAACUCCGCUUUCAAAGUUCGCUUUCGAGCCAUGUCGUCUGCGGCGCUGCUGGCCCCUGACACACCUACUGCGACAUAUAGCACUCUUCUGGUGCACAAAAACAGCGUUAUCAUCUCAACCGACAAAGGCGGUGCGAGGGUAGGCACCUGCACGCUGAACUUGGUGCUGUCCACCAUCGGAGUGGGGGCGUUGACUUUGCCCUUCACCACGGCGCAAGUGGGGUGGCUUCAGUCCCUGCUGCUGCUUCUCGUCUUCUUCCUGGUGAGCGUGUACAACCUCUACCUCUUGGAUGCGGUGUGCAGAUCCCUCAAAGCUACUUCCACACAGUCCUAUGCUGCGGUGGUCGCCGCUGUACUAGGGAAGCCUGGCGCGUACGGUUUGGAGGCCUUCCUUCUGCUCUACUCCUUCGGGCUGUCGGUGUCCUACAUGGGGGUCGUGAGCACAGAGGUCUCCGUCUUCGCCCGUGGCCAGGCGCCAGAUUGGCUGAACCAGGAUGACCUCAUAACACUGGUCGCCAUCUUUUUGGUGCUGCCGCUUUCGUUGCUGCCAGACAUGGUGCUGCGCCUGGCUGGGGUGGUGGGCACCUGCUGCAUGCUCCUCACCACCCUCAUCGUGGUACGCGAGGUGCCCUGGCGCUCGGAGGCCCCGUUCGUGGAUGCCUGCGCUGAUGCCUCAAACGCCACAGGUCUCUCGUUGGUGCCCUGGAUCUCAUCGUUCCCGGCACUACUGGCAGCGGUGCCCAUGUUCUCCUUCUGCAUGAAUGCGGCCACUGCCUUCGUGUCCAUCCGCUCAGAGAUGGCUUGUGGGUUCCAGCCGCCACGGGAGGCGGUCAGCAAGCUGAUUUGGCUGGCGCAAAGCUUUGCGCUUCUGGACUACGUGGUCAGCGGGGUGGCGGGCUAUGUCUCAUUCUGCCAGGCCGCCCCGGACAACGUACUGGACGGCUUCCGCUCGAGCCAUCUCCCCAGCCUCCUGGCGCGGGGCGCCAUCGCACUGCAGCUCACCGCGGCCUGCGCCGGGGUCUACGUGCCCCUGGCGCGGGCGGCCUUGUGUCAUCUGGUCCUGGGACUGGACUGCGGCGCGCCAGUUGGCUGCGCCCGAGUGACCUCCACAGUGCUUCUGCUGGGCUUCAUGGUCCUCAUGGCUCGCGCCCUGGACGGCGCGCUGGCGAAACCUCUGGGCCUCACGUCGGCGGUGUGCACCACAGCCAUCAUGUUCAUGUUCCCGGGGCUCUGCGCUCACCGGGUGACCGGGCAACGUGCGCCCUUAGCCUUCGCACUCGCGGGGCUGGUCAUUGGCACCGCCUCCACGGUAACGCUGCUCUGCUGAGCGAGCCG